AUGCUCUUCCGAGCCGCUGGUGACUCUCUAACCACUGUGGCCAAUACGAAGCUGGGCAUAAUUAGGAUGCUAAACUGUUGGCAGCAUCUCCAGCCGCUAGUGAAGUACAAUACCUACGCUCAGGAUGAGGAGUCCAUAUUUGCUGCAUGGCCAUACGGCGAUGGGUUGGGAGACGAACGCUGGUCCGUUUACAAUGAAGCCAAUGAGAUGACUGCCUGGACUGCCAGUAGCAUGUAUGCCCUUGAAGGUGGCUUUGUCCUGGUGACCAAUCAGCCGAUCUCUGCCGAGGAGAUGAAAGAGAGCACUGAAUGCCAUGCCGCCACAGGCCAGUCGUUUGCCUGGAAUGAAGAAGGAGGGGUUCCACUGGCGCUUUCGGCCCUAAUGGACGAAAGCUGA